UCAUCAGCUUGGUGCUGGCGCGAUUGUCGCCUUUACGUCGCCUCUGGAUGAAAGUGGAGCCGCUUUUGUCCGUCUUGCCGUUCAUGAUGUGGUUGGAGAGGCCGUUGGGGAAGAACUCCGUGUCGCUGUCGACGUCCUUUAAGUUCAUGCUGUCCAACUCCUGUUGUGUUUGCCAAAUUCGAAGCCACAAAUGUUUGGCAGGACCCUCUUGCUCCGGUUGCAACCAAGAUAUCGAAGGAUCCAUUCAAACAAUCACAGAGAGUUUAUGAUUUCUUCACCAUACGGCUAUUUUUAUUUAUUACAUCAAUUUUAAUUAAAACACACGCUGAAGUCACACCUUGUGCAUAUCACACGACCAAAAACUGACAGGUGUCUCGCAUGCUCGGCAGAUAGCGCGCCGGACACCCGACUGACGUGGCGCCAAUUUCAAAAACGGACACAAAAAGCGGCCAAAACUCACAAAAAGCCACACAAGUUACCCCGAAGUCAAGCCGAAACGUCACUUUUUACGCCGUCACUUGUCCAACACGAACACUUUCGAUGCUAUGAAUCAUUGCACAUUUUUAAACCACCCACGACACCCACCUAAUUUGCAACCAACUCAAAAUAAAAAAAAAUUAAAAACCAAUACCUAACGUUGAGUCCUACCGAAGCAAAACCUGUUUGGUGACAACUGUCACAAAUCCACGAUUUUACCAUUUUCAGUCAGCCGACAACAAAAAUCAAACCUGAAAAACAAGCCGAAAAACUAAAAAUUAUUUUAAAAAAAAAUUAGUAACUUCACUUCCCUCAGGUUGGCACUUGACGUAAACAUAACCUAAAACAGCCAACUGAGAAUCUAAAUGGAUGUGGAUUUAUUGCGUCCGGGGACAGUCCCGAUAGCCCCCGACACUGUCCUCUGGUUUGAGUUCUUACUUCACCACGACUUGCUCCUGAGCCACUUGCAAAAGCCGGCCCCAGACCCCAGCCCCACCGAAUUAAUUGCGAAAUUUUCCGAUGCCAUCGCUGACACGCUACGAAAUCGUCUGGAGACCGAAAACGGCGAAAUGCUUAUUGAAUCCAUGCACGAAAAUGUGAAACAACCGGCGAAAAACAUCGCUUUGAAAAUCCUCUCUUUGAAAGUGGCUGCUUUCAUUAAAUGGGAUUUGGGACAAAUCAGGACGUUGCCUUUCAAGACUCAAGUCCACUUAUUGCAAGUCUUGUUGUACUUCACAAACGAUAAAACCACGGCCGAAAUACCUAAUAUUGACCUCAAACCGGACGAAUCUGUCCCAUCGCCGUACCUAUUCGCGCUUGUGGUGUACCAUAGAUGGUUGCUCAACGUCACCAUGCAUAGAAUUACCUCAAAUUGGCAAAUGCGACUAGGCAACACGGAAAUAUCACCGGCUGAAGAAAACAUCAUUUGCUCGCAUGAGAAUGUUAGAAAGACUGUUGAGUUCCUAAAAAGUGCCCUUAAUUGGGACGAGGUCCCCAGUAUGCUGACUUUUGAUUGUUUCAAGCUGCCAAGUGAGACCAACGGUCUUGAAUUUGAUUGGUCUUCAGCUCAGAGUAUUUCGAAAGAGGAGUUUUGCGCACAGUUGAAUUACGACUUGGGUACUUUUUUCUUCUACAAAGAGGACUACAACUUGGCUAGGGACCAUUUCACUAAAUGUUUGAGUAGUUACAAGGCUAUGAAAGAAAACAACGGUUUUGUUAAAUUUAACAUAAAAGUGUUGGAGGUGUAUGUGAGGGCAUGUAGCGGUGAUGGUUCAAAGGGUAGUUUAUUGGAACAGUUGAAUACGUCCGUGGUUAAUCAGUUCAUGGGGAUCACCUCGAUUCUACAACAGGACAAUAUUUUUCGCGAAAUUCCACUCGCCCAUCGGAUCACUCUCGAGUUGGACAUUCAAGGGGCUUUGUCCAGUGGUACCUUUACUGUAGCCCGCGAUUUGUUGAAUAAAAUUCGGGCUUUAAACGUGGUUAGGUGUGUUUUGGACCGAAAACCCACCUAUCAUUGCUCACUCAAAAGUGCUGAAAUUUUAGUUUGGGCCGCGGAGGUAACGUGUAAAUCACUCAACGACGCUGAUCGAAAUUUGAUUAAAAAAUUCCUCCUAGACUUGGUCCUAAAAAACGAAAUUCCCGAUCUCUUGUCGUGUGUUCAAGCAAAUGAAACACUUUCGAAGUUGUUUGAUAAAAGUGAACUCAGUUUUAUUAAAAAUAGAGAAAGUAACGACGAAAUACCCGAAUCUUUGCACAAAACAAGCUGGAUUUUGUACGAUUGCUUCAAGAAGCGCAAACCCAAACUGGAAAUAAAACAAUUAGAGCAAGAUUUGAUCGCGACUUAUGACCAUAAGGAAAUUCGGGAGUUGUUGAAAAAAAUCAGUGCGAACCAACUCGCCACUAGCGUUUGGAAUAUCAACCCGUUGUGGGAUUUACCCAUUCCGAUCCAGUCGGUGAUUAAGUCGCUGCCGCGAGGUUUCUUGCAAGAUUUCAGUUUUGUCAUGAUGGCCAAAGUCAGGGAACAAAUGUUGAACAAAGUGUGGAUCUCGUCGUUUGAAUUACUACUGAUUUUGGACAAGGAACUCGGUUCAGGGAAUGGCAACAUCGGUAAAUUAUCGCGAUUGAUAAGCUGGGAGAUACUACUGGUGCAAAUAACCCAACUGUUGGAGGAAUGGCCAAAAAGCACGAUUGACAAGGUGGCGCUCGCUGACGCUUGCGAGGCUUGUCUCCAAACCAACAACGAGUCAGUUUUGCCUCGAACCGAAAUAACAGAACACUGCGUCCUUUGCUUGCUGAAUCUCGGUCGAUGGGAGUUUUUGAUUAAUUUCGAUAAAAGGUGGCCGUCGUUUGAGAUCACCUCAGCGAUAGCUUUGGCCUGUCAGGAAUUGAUUAAGCAAAAAGGCAAUAAAAAAUUGUCCAAGAAUUUGUGGGAAAUUGUGUUGCCAAUUUUUGGCCAUGCUCCGCAACAAUCGAAACGGGGGAAUUCCGGAAAUUCGGUGUUUCACGACGCGCAAGCACAAAUCACGAACUUGCGAAAUAGCAUAAUGGCGAUUUUUGGCAAACUGAGAGAUUCGACUGUUUUGGCUGUGGUUAUUUCAAUGUUGGCCAGACUGCAUAAUAUUUUAAAGGAUGAGACCAGUUUGGAGGUGCAGGUUGACUAUGUGAUGCUUUGGCCGGCUGUAAUUAGCAAUGCCAAUUCAUACAACAUGAAAGUGGCCCACGAUGUACUCUCCCAAAUGGUGACUCAAGCCCUCCAGUAUUACCCAACGAACAUUCCUUGGUUGCGACUAAUGGGGGAUAUAAAUUUCGCAAACGGCCAUUAUAACGUUUCUUUGAAAUAUUACCUCAAAUCUUUGCUGAUCUACAACGACUAUUUCAACAUUCCGGUCCGACACGACGACCAUGUCUUCCGGCGAAUGAUUAAAUGUUGCAUAGCUUUGGGUUGCAACACCCAGGCGGCCGUUUUGUGCCAGUUCCUGGAAGAGCCCGACUAUGUCUUAGCAUUUCGAAUUUUGGGGGAUCAAAAGUACUGCAACGAUGCCGUUGAUGCGUAUUAUCACUGCAUCUGGGACACCAAUAUUCUGGAGUACCUGAUACACACCCACAAUAAACGGGGGGAGUACCAGAGACGCAAAUGUGCGACUCAGGUGAUUGGUUCCUUGGAGGUGAAUUCGAACAAUAACGAGGAGAUACAAAGGGAGGCUAGUAAUUUACGGAAAAGUACGUUUCUAAGGGCGUUAUGCAAACAAUACGUGUUUUAACAGUUCUAUUAAUGUAAUAGCUACAAGUUGUAAAAAUAUCUGAAAAAAAAAUCACUGUGUGGCUUAAACGAUAGAAAUAAAAUUUAAACAAAAUAUA